AACCAAAAUUCGACUGUUUUAGCUAAAAAUAGCGUUUUUAUGGCAGGUUUCUGACAUUUAGAGAACGUGUAUAGUGUGUUUCUGCUCUGAGCUUUGUGUCUGACCCGGUUAAAAAUGAAACAGGAGCACAGGAAGCUCUGUUAGAGCCUGACUGGCCGAGUUUGUGCUGUUUGUUUACAUCAGAUGACUAGACACUUAUUAUCCAACAGUUAAACGCUGAACAUCAGAGAGGUGUUUAUAUUAAAUAUACAGACUGGUCCGCUUUCGAGUUUUAGGAGGUUUUAUUUAAUUUGGUUAUAAUUCGUUUAAAAUGUGGAUUUUGUACUUCUUCAGCCUGGUCUCCCCGUUACUGUUAGCUAGUGUUAGCUGCCUGGAGAACAGGCUGGCUGGAUUUUAUAUCGAGCUAUUUCAUGCUUAGAGAAGGAGAGUUAGAGGGAAAUUAUUAGGUCAGGUCCAUGCUGCAGCUGCGCCCGGCGGAGGAGGAUGACUACGCAGCUGAGAGUUUGGAACUGAACUGUGCAGCGGCCAACGAUGACCACCUCCUGCUGGAGGAGCUGCUGUCACAGGAGCGCUACAGGAAGUGCAUCAACCAGUGCAGCGGCUGGGGACUUCCCAGCACACCUUUACGCAUGGCCGCCUCCAAAGGUCACCUGCGGUGCCUGCAGCUGCUGCUGGCCCACGGCGCGGAGGUGGACAGCGUGGAUGUGAAAGCUCAGACGCCGCUGUUCUCCGCUGUUUGUGGACGGUAUCUGGGCUGUGUUCUGGCUCUGCUGCGUGCUGGUGCUGACCCCAAUGGUAACCUACGCAAUGCCGGCUCUCCUGUGCUAACAGCCGCCCGUGAGGGGGAUGCUGAAAUCCUCCGCCACCUCCUCCGGCACGGUGCAGAGGUCAACGCCAGGUCCAAGGUCACACUGUGGACAUCUGGAGUGGCUGUUUGCAGCGGGCCGCUCUACCUGGCAGCCGUCUAUGGCCACCUGGACUGCUUUAGGAUCCUCCUGCUUUAUGGAGCCGACCCCAACUACAACUGGCCGGACGACAAGUCGUCCACCAGGGCCAUGCCGGCCAGGAAGACAGUGCUGGAGAUGUGCCUGAGACACGGCUGCAGUGUAGAUUUCAUCAGACUGCUGAUCGAGUUCGGAGCUAAUGUCUACCUGCCCACACUGAUCAUAGAGAAGAGCACCAAGCAGAACGAGGCUCUGGAACUGCUGCUGAAAGAGAGAGGCUGUCCUCGGUCGUUGGUGUCUCAGUGUAGGCUAUCUAUCCGCAGACACCUGAAGCAGGUGAACAGGAUUCAAGAUCUAGACUCUCUGGACGUGCCUCCAAGACUUUUAAACUAUCUCAAACACAAACCUAUGAACUGCAGCAUCUCGCAGUGACCACUUGACACACUCAGCUGUGCCUUCAGGAUCUGCCACACACACACGCACACACACACACACACACAUACACAAACACAUACAGUGAGACUACAGUGAGAGCAUUGUAAAUAAAGAGUACUGACUGGAACACUCCAUA